AUGGCAACAGACACCAACCAGGAUGGAUAUUCAUUUGUUCGAACUUUUAGCAAUGUUAGUGGAGCAAGCGCUAAGUCUAAAACCACUGCGCGAUUUUCAUCAAAAAGCAAAUUGGGAAGAAAGCAAUGUAAAUCACUUUCCUACAAACUUGCUGUUAAUGUUACCUUGGAAAAAUAUGAAAAGCGGUCGGACGAGUUUAACAUCCCUGGAUGUUGGGAAUGGGUAAUAGGUAUUGCUUGCAGAAAUGUUGAUGAUACUCCUGCUGAGAUUUAUGUUUUUGGAUCAACUAUAGAAUUUCCGAACAGAAUCGACAAAGGGACUCGCCCAUGGCCAAAUAUGAUUAUAGAAGUUGCAUAUUCCGAGACAAUAGAUCAUGUUACAGACAAAGUGAAGAACUAUUGGCUAAAGCCUGAUCGUGUCCAUGAUGCCAUUGUUGUGAAAACUGAACCGGUUCUUGAGGAUCAAAUACCUACUCAUAUGAUAAUAGAAGAACAAGAUUUACCUGUCCUGCCAGGACCACG